GCUACUCAAACACCCAACAGGAGGUGAUUGUCGUGGUGGAGGAGAGACAAGUCCUUCUAUUUUCCUCGAUUUUCCUGCGUUUUCCUUGUGACAGCCGAGGCCCUUGUGAUCCCCUGAAGGACUAGUGCCGGGGAGAGUCCUACGGGAAGCCUGGAAGAGGGGAGAGCAUGGCAUGAGGGAAAUAAGUAGCUGAUGAAAGCAAAGGAAUAGGUGCAGGAGCUGAGACGAGCCGAGACGAUGGAUGUCAAUGAGGUGAUCAAGAGGGUGAAGAGGGUUUUUGACGGGUACAUCUCGUACCGCAAGCUGGUGCUGGCGGUGCUGGUGCUGCUGGUGGUGCUGCUGUACUGUGGGCCGUCCAUCUUCCGCCUGGUGCUGCACACACGACCUUCAGGACUCGGUGAGGACGUAGCCAGCAGGAGUCUGGCCCUGCGUCUCAACAGGUUCUGGCAGGCCGAGCAGGAACAGGACGCACACAUCCUCCACUCCCCGAGCCUGCCGGAGGAGCGCCCCUUCGUCCCCUACGUAGGCAAUGGUGUCCUGGGCGUCACACUGGACCACGACAGCCCCAUCUACAUCAGGAACGGCCGCACGCUGUCCCUGCCUGUCCAUUACCGCCCCCUUGCGCUGGUGUCCCUGGAUGGCCAGCAAGUACAGGAGGCCUUGGUGACAGAGUACAGGACGGGAAUAGUUCACCGUUUGCAGUCGUGGGAACAGCAGAGUGGGGCUGCGCUGGACGUGGUGUAUCAGACCUAUGCUCACCGCUCCCACCCUGCCCUCCUGCUGCAAGAUAUUAAGGUGAUCAACCCCAGUGAGGAGGACGCCCUGGUGGAUGUGGAGCAGAUGGGGCUUGGGGACUGGCCUUCAGCAUCCACCGAGACCAUUAAGCUGGUGCACGGGGAGGGGGAGCACCAGUACACAGUGGUGACUGGCGCGGUGGAGCUGCCCAAGUCCAACAAGGUCAUCGGUGUGGCUAUUGUGUCCCUGCGUGUGCCCUCCAGCCUCCAGAUCAAGUCCCGCAUGUCCACAACUCUGCACAUCGUGACGGCUAUCAACUACACCGAACCCAUCCUCAGCAAGACCUACGCAGCGCACAGGGACCAGAUCAAGCACAACGCCAUCUCGGUGCUCAAGACGGCAGUGACGGGCAACAUCCGCCGGCUGAGGGAGGACCAUGCGCGGGUGUGGCAGGAGCUCUGGGCAUCCGGGUUCAGCAUCAGCCACUCCAAGGCCGAGAACGCACUCAACGGUGACCUCAUCAAUGCCACCAUCUACCGUGUGCUGUCCCAGGCCCCGGCGCCCUUGUACCAAGUGUCCACCAGCGAGGAGCAGCGAAACUCCAUCCUGCGGGACAUUGCCUACGCUGAGGGCUGCUAUGGAGGACACCAGACCCUGCAAGCGGAGAAGCUGUGGUCUAAGCUGGACACCAUCGAGGACACCAACAAAGUGGUCGGCCUGUGGAUGGUGACGCUGGUGGAUAGUGGGUGUCAUCAGCUGGUGAGGGCGGGGGCCAACGGCAUCAUACAGGCCAUGAUCCUCAGCUUCGGUGGGCUGCGCUUCAAGAACCAACACCUUGAGUUCACCACACACCCCAAGGACCUCCACCGUGACUACUACUUCAGACGCGUGAGCUAUGGCAACGCAACGCACCUCAACUUGUCUGUGGUGGUGCAGGAGGAGGACUACAAGGCGGUCAUCCACGCCGCCCUCGACCGCUCUGACCGCAACUACUACGCCUGUGACGCUGGCUGCCUCGACCCACCGGUGGAGCUCAAGCCGGAGCAACAGACCUUCCCCGUCAAGCUCACCUACCCCCUCACCGCCCUCCUCUACAUCACCUCUGACCGCGCGCACAUGGAGGAGCUCAAGCACACCAUCCACGUACACGAAAUAGCCCUCGCCCCGGCCCACGAGCACCAUGUCAUCGCCCUCCACCGCCACGGACACAAGUGGGGGGGGCUGCCCACCAUCUUCUGGCUCACCAUCAUCGCCCUCAUCGUCAUCUUCCACCUCUUCCUGGUCAAGCUGGUCAUCAACGAGUACUGUGGAGGCGCCAGCGACAUCAAGAUGAGAUACAGUCAGCUGAUUAAAACUCUGGAGGGAAAAGACUCCAGCACCUCCACAGUGUCAGCCUAGAGGAGAGAGGGAGAGAGAGAGAGAGAGAGAAAGAGAGGGAGGGAUCAGGUGGUGUUCCGUAAGUGGUGUUCCUCGUUAAUACUCACUCACCUGCACGAUACUGACACCUGGGGGACUAAGGGCCAGUUUCACAGUUCCCCAUGAUGGGUUAGUAAGCUCCCAAACCAAUACCAGAGCCUUCGAAAUUUCCUUGUAUAGUGUCUGGUGUUUAUAUUUAAGUUCACAAAUUUGACGAAACUGUACAGGAAAAGUCUUGUGUAUUUAGUGUGGCAUCGAAGACCUCACCGUUUUGGAUUGUUUGGGAUUCUAUAGUUUGGUUCAAGCUGUUACGAAGACACUGUAUUGGACUGUGAAAUCGGCUCUCAGGCUUGGAACCGUGAUGAUGAUGAUGAUGGGAGUUGGAGGACGAGGAUCAUUUCUGUAUAUUACUUCUGAAGGCUGCUACGUGACAGUUUAUUUUUUGUCCUGUUUUUGGUGACAUUGUUUGUCUUCAGGAUAAAAGAACCUGAGUGCUCUUAGAAUACAAGGGGCUGUUUGAAUAUUACGUAAUGCCUGAGGGAGGGAGGUGUAGUGAAGUGUUGUUAGUGUGAGGGGAGGAGCUGCAGCCGUGUGCUCAGAAUAUUCCAAGAUUUUUUCCCGUUUCUUAAGAGAUAUGAAAAUUAAGUAAAUGUCAAGAGAGCUAUUUCAUUUCAAACUUAUCUGUGAUUCUUUACCAUCAUAACAUAAGAUUAUGAACCAAAACCCAAAGAUGAUGAUUUGCAGGUAUUAAUCAAAACUAUUGUAUUUGAAAAAGCAAACUUAACUGUGGGGGAGGUACUAGCCAGGGGGUAUCUGGACAUGUGGUACAAGGAUGGGUAGGGUCUAAACUCUAAAAGGAAUAAAAAAAAGCUCUACAUAAUAUUUUGAUGGCCCCCAAGGCAUAUAUGUGUCAAACUCAAACUCUAAAAGGAAUAAAAAAAAGCUCUACAUAAUAUUUUGAUGGCCCCCAAGGCAUAUAUGUGUCAAACUCAUGCACUCUACUCCUCUAUAGCAUCCCUCACCUAUACAUAACUCACAGUGUCUGACCCUUCUAUUUGAAUGUUUAUGUUCCAGACAGGUAUGAUGGGCUAAGAUGGAGGAGGUGUGGAAGGGAGAGGAAAGGACUAAGUAAAGGCAGGAGGAGGCAGAGGUU